AUGAGUGCCUCCAAGGCGCAGUCUCAAAAGAUCUUUGAGAAGCUGAAACUGAAGCCCGCAAACAAGGUAUGCUUCGACUGCAAAUCUAAGAACCCGACCUGGUCGUCCGUGCCUUUCGGUAUCUACCUGUGCCUUGAUUGCUCUGCCAAUCAUCGCAACCUCGGUGUCCACAUCUCCUUUGUUCGCUCCACGAAUCUCGAUCAGUGGCAAUGGGAACAACUGCGGGUGAUGAAGGUUGGUGGGAAUGAGUCUGCGAUCAAAUAUUUCCAAUCACAUGGAGGAUCCGCGGCGCUGGCUAGCAAGGACGUCAAAGUCAAAUAUACAUCCAAUGCGGCCGUCAAGUAUAAGGACGAGCUCAAAAGGCGGGCUGCGGCGGACGCGCAACAGUACCCCGAGGAGGUUGUCAUUACCGAUAUCCCUGGUGGCACCCCGUCGGACAGCUCUAACACCCCCGCUGGCGAAGAUGAUGAUUUCUUCUCCUCGUGGGACAAGCCUUCGAUCAAGCGCCCCAGCAACCCUCCGUCCCGCACUGGAACGCCACCCGUCGUGAGCCGAACAGGCUCCCCUUUCUUGAAUGCCGGCAAUGCAAAUGGGUCACGAUCGAAGUCGCCUCUGUCUGCGUCUGAGGAGAAGGCCCAAUCUCCUGCCCCCGCCGCCAUUCGUCCCUCAUCUGCUGCUCGGAAGACCUCCGCCGCUAGCGGUGCUGCAAAGAAGGGUAGUGUGCUGGGAGCCAAGAAGGUGCCUAAGUUCGGCGCGAAGAAGGUGACCACGGCAGAUAUCGAUUUCGAUGAGGCGGAACGCAAGGCCAAGGAAGAGGCGGUGCGCAUCGAAAAACUAGGAUACGACCCCGAGGCCGAGAAGGCUGAGGCCGAUGCUAAGGCCAAGACCGCCGCUGCUUCCACCACCACGAUCAGUGCUCCCACUCCGAUCAGCCCGAGCCGCGGCGGAUUCGGUUCUACUAGCCAUGAACGGAACUCGAGUGAUGUCGAGCGUUUGGGCAUGGGAAUGGGAAGACUCGGGUUCGGCCAGGUGUCCAAGCCUCCGGCCCCUAAGAAGCUUGGCUUCGGCGCUGUUGCUCCUGCCAAGUCCGCUGCUGAUGAUGAGGAACUUGCCCAGGCCAAGUCGCGAUUCGGUACUCAGAAGGGUAUCUCCUCCGAUGAGUUCUUCGGUCGUGAGCGCUUCGAUCCCGCCGCCCAGGCUGAAGCCAAGUCUCGUCUCCAAAACUUCGACGGCGCAACCUCGAUCUCCAGCAAUGCCUACUUCGGCCGGCCCGAGGAUGAGCUUUCCGCGAUGGAUGAUGGUUACGGAGACAUGGAGGCUGCAGCCAAGGACUUUGUCCGCCGAUUUGGUAUCACUGCCGGUGACGAUCUUGAGAAUCUGUCUCAUCUCGUCGGCGAAGGAGCCACAAAGCUACAAGGUGCUAUCCGCAACUACCUGAACAACUAA